AUGAGAGUAAGCGAUCGGCAACAACUUGAGGCUGUCUAUAAGGUCAAAGAGGAGCUAUUGAAGACAACUGACGUUAAACUGUUAAAUGGCAAACAUGAAAAUGUAGAUUCUGAUCUAAAUUCCCCUUUAAGCAACAUAGAUUGCAUGGAGGACAAAAAGGAGAUUGCAAACCUGAAACAUUGUCUCCAGAGAACGUUAUUUCUGAACAAGAGCAGGAGGACUAUUAUUGCUUCAGUCUCUGAGGGUGGAAAUCAGGUACUUGAUAACAAAAAAGAUGACCUUCACGAAGAACACCGAAUAAAAGAUAGUUUGGACCAAAGAGAGACAGAGAGCCCAUCUGAAGGUGAAAGCAAAGUAAGCUGUGACGUUAAUGACUCUUCAGAAGAGAAAGCAGAAACAAAUGAAUUAGCUGUUAGUUCUGAUCUACCUGUUGAAGAAGAAAAAAGUGCUGAAGAAGAGGUUGUUGAUGAAGAUACUGUUGGAGAAGAAGCUAUAUCUAGCAGUAUGGAAACCGACCAGGAACCAAAGGAUGAAGGAGACCAAUCUGCAGAACUUCCAGAAACCACCAUUGAAAAGUCACUAGAAGAACCAAGCGAGAACAUCUUAGAAAACACAGACUCUAUGGAGACGUAUGAAAUAAUUCCAAUUUUGGAAAAGCUGGCCCCAGCUGAAGAUGAACUAUGUUGUUUUUCUAAAACUUCCCUGCUUCCAGUGGAUGACACAAGCCCAGAUUUGGAAGAUAAAAUGGAGAACUCUUUGGGUUCACCAUCCAAACACGAAUGA